CCCGUUUCUCAUCACUGGCCUGGGGUUGGCUGAAUGAGCGUUCCCUAGAAUUAUGGUUGUAAAUAAUUAUUUAGCAACACUGAGUUUCUAGCAGUUCAAUGCUAACAACAAAAAAUCUUGAUUAAAAUUCCUUUAUUUUAUCAAAUAAUGAAAAAUGAUUGUGGUAGUAAGCCGGAAUUUAUUAAUUUGCGGUGUUAAUAUUAAGACGUAACAGUUAGACUUUGUUAAUUCCUGAACAUUUGAACAAUAUGUCUGAAGACUCGAAUUCCAUUUCGAACAACCUCUGUAUACCUGAGGAUGCAUUUGAACAAUUUCAAGCUGUUUCAAUGUAUCAGGAAGAGGAAUAUAUUACACUGCCUAUUCAAGCAUCAGUGCAACCUAAGGAACCUGAUCCCGGCGAGAAUGUUAUUCGUUGCGACACUGUGAGUACUAAAAAUGAAGUAAACAGUUCUGUCAACAACACUGAAAAUGUAGAAUCUUCAUUAGGUCAAGAGACAUUAGGUGUUUCUUCCUCGGAAAACUAUGAAAACAUCAGCGAUUUUGAUAAAAACAAAACCAACCUAAAUCUUACAAUUUCGCCGCGUAAACCACAAUCAGCAACCAGAAGAGGUAGGAAAAAGAAAGAAAAUACGGUAAAUAACAUCCCUGCCGGCUCCGGUAAUGUGAUCAUUCUCGGUACAAGAGAAAGUUGUGAAGAACAAUUAAAACCUAAAGAAGAAUCAGUUGUUGGCAGUAAUACUCCACCCCAAAAAAGAGGAAGAAAGUCUAUAUCACAAACCUCUGAAGGUAAUGAAUGUUCAGGAAUGGGUCAAGAGUGUUCAGUUAUUUCUAAACCUCCAUUAAGUUCUAACCUAGAUAACUCUGACUUACUUACUACUAUGGUUAAAAGAAAGCGAGGUCGGCCAAGAAAAACAUCCAUCACAAGUGAGGCCAUCGCUAUAACACCUCCUACUGACAAAAUUAGCAAUACAACACCAACUCGGAGGAAAGGUAGGCCAAGAAAAAACAAAAAUGAUUUAAGUCUUUCCAGCCUCACAAAUGACAAAAACAAUCAAUUAAGAGAUGCAAACAUUGAAAAUUUAAAUAGCUCACAAUCUUCUGACAUCAUACAAAAUGAACAAUCAGAUUUAACACAAACAGAUUUGGAGAAAAAUAUUUUUAACAAAACUGCUGAAUCAGGUAUAAAAAUUGAUAGUGACGAUUCUUCUAAUGACGAGCUUGAUAAUAUUUGUUUAAGUAAAUUAAAAACUCAUGAAAAAGUAACUCAGGAUGAACAUAUAAGUGAAAAUGCCAUGUGUGCUAAAACUGAAAAUACUGAUCUGUCUAACCUGUGUGGUAAAAUUAAAAAUAAUUUAAACAAAUUACAAGCUGAAGUAGAAAAACUUGAGACUGAUCUUAUUGAACCUUUGCCCAAUGAAGGUCAAGCAGUAAUUAAUUUGACAGCAAAUAAAGUUACUAAUAAUGAGAAGUCUCAGGAUUCUGAUAGUAAAGAUAUCAUAACUAUCAAUAAACCAGAUUUAAUUGAUCAGAAUUUGCUGCAUAACACUGAAAAUAAUAGCACAGUUAAACUCUCAGCUACGGAAGAUGUUGUAAUUCUUGAUACAGAAAGCAAUAAUGGUGAUGAUGUCCACCUGAAAAAACGGAAUAAUAAAAUGCCGGUAAUGGCUGACUUUGAAUAUAAUAUUGACAAAAUCAUGGACCUAGAAAAUAGAGCUGCUGAAGAAAAUACUGAAAAUUCUGAACUUGUGGAAGACACAUCUAAAAGACCUGUCCGCAGAAAAGUUCCUAAGUUACGUUAUGAUGAAGGCUCUGAUGAAGAUCCCUUUGCUAAUAUUGAGCUAUCUGAUGAUGAUGAACCACGGAGAAGGAAAGGUAACCGAUAUUACUCUGAUGAUGAAUAUGUACCUGGCAGAAGAGGAAAUAAAGAUAUUGAUUCAACUGACAGUGAAGCACAAGCACUAAUAGGUGAAACAGGGAAAAAACCAAAGAAGAAAAAGUUGCGUAAAAAGUCUGAAAAUCGGUCUCCAAGAAAAAAGGGAAAGCAGAAGCAAUUGAAUCAAGAUAAAGAAAGUGAUGUAGAAAUAUGUUUACCAGCUCCUACUUCGCAGUCAAGUGACAUUGAGAUAUGUUUGCCAAACCCAGCUAAUGAUGAAGAUCAAUCACAAACAUCAACACAAUCUAAAACUUGGGGAUGUAUUAACGAGUUUGAACAUUUUAUUGCCAAAAAAAUACAGGGUACUAAUAUACAAAUAAAGAAAGUUUCUGCUGCAGAUUCAGGUGAGAAUAAGACCCUUGAAAUACCUACAAUCGAUCCAGACGCCAAGAAAAGUGUAGAAAUGUGGUCACAAACCAAUAAAACAGAGACUAAAUCUACCUUUGUGCAAACUAAAUCACCAUUUGAAAGCAAGAUGAAGAUAAAUGUUGAUUUAACAUCUGAGCAAUCGAAAAGUGCAUGUUCAUUCCUCAAUGGUAUUGUGAAAAUGACGUCUGAGUUAGGGUCAUUAAUGAUAGAAAAAUCUGAAGAUUUUAUGAAAAAGAAAAUUAAUACCACCCAUGUUACCGACACCAUGAAAAUGGAUUACUGUGUACGAAAGUCGUUCUUAUUAUUUAAAUUAGCGAAACAUAAUCUUGAAAAGAUGGAAGAGGAUUUAGAAAUACAAUAUGAAAAAUUUUUAGAAACCCAUAACUUAACACAGUGUAGGGAAGUUGAGAAAGAAAUAGUACCCUCUUCGAAAAAAGAAAGUGAUAGUGACUGUGAAAUUGUGGACGAACCGACAGUAUCGACUCCUGUAAAUAAAUCCAAAGAAACACCGAAAUUUAAUCCCAAAACAGUGUUUCUCAACAAAGAACUUUCCAUUAAAAUUGCAAAAAAACCAACUGAAAAUAAAACUCUUAAUAUCAAAGGGCGUCAUGCAGUUUGGAUUAACGACACAGUAAUGGUAAAGAAAGUAAAGCCUACACAGUCUUUUUUAGCCCAGGACAGCCGAAAUAAAAAACCUCCUGAUAAUAAAAUUACCACAAAAAUGGUAAGUGAUUUUUUCAAGAAUUAUUCCCGUCAAAGAGCUAUUUCUAUUUGUGCUCCUUUUAUAACCACAACAUGGUUGAAUGUAACCCAAGAAUCUGUGUGUAAUUAUUUUGUUGUAAAACAAGGUCAAUGCAAUAAUGAUUACUCUGCAAAUGUUGGAAUUAGCCCAGAAAAUAAUGCCAGUACUUCACAAAUGAAUCAUGAUAUUAAGCAAAUACCUUACAUUGCUAAAGUAACAAGUCCUAAGACUCUUCUUCAAUUGUGUAUUUGGAUUGCAAAUAAUAAGAUAAAUGAUAAAACAGCUGUUACAGAAACUAGUCAACACAUGAAAAAUCAACUUACAGAUGGGAACAACCAACCAGAAACCUUAUUUCGGCUAUGUCUGAGGGUCCUGACUCAAAAAGCUGUUUACAUCAAGGAAAGAAGUGUGACACACUCAAAAAUCAUUAACUCGUGUACUGUACCAUUACUCAAAACUAUUUGCUACCAAAAAGUGGUAGCAUUCCUGCAUUAUGCAGCUAAGAGAAAUCCUAAGGAACAUCCAAAAUACGAGGAAACUAGAUACACUACAAAAGAGACCAAGAAUUUAAUUCCAACCUCUCUACCAGAACAAUUAUUCUCAUCAAAAGAGAAAAGUAUUGAAAUGAAGUCCCUAUUACCCAAUUGUAUUGAGGUUCAAUGCCCAGAAACUCUUUCGGAAUUGUGUAUUCAGAUUGCAAACAAUAAGAUAAAUGAUAAAACAGCUUUUAAAGAAACUAGUCAACACAUGAAGAAUGAAGGUACUAAUGUGAAAAACCAUCCAGAAACAUUAUUCCGACUAUGUCUGAGGGUCCUGACUAAUAGACCUGUUAACAUGAAAGAAAGAAGUGUAUCACACUCAAACCCAUGUCCAGUAUCAUCUGUACCAUUACUCAAAACUAUUUGCUACCAAAAAGUGGUAGCACUUCUGUGUCAUUCAGCUAAUAAACAUCAAAAACAUGAGGAAAUCAGAAAUGGACCAGAAGAGAGCAAUAACUUAAUUCCAACCUCUGUAUCAGAACAAUUAUUAUCAUCAAACAAGAUACCAAAAACAUUAUUCCAAAUGUGCCUCAGGGUAAUGACACAUAUAAUGGUUGACAACAAACAAACAACACACUCAGAAAUCAUUCAACAACAACUAUUUCAUGAAUCUCAUAAUAGUAAUAAUCUCUUCAAUCCACAAUCUCUUAAGUCUUAUGCCUUCGAGUAUGUGAAACAAUUAAUCUUUGAAGAUAUAAAUGUUUGCUCAUUUGUGACCAAUCCAGACCAGUCUGAUGUCGAAACAAUGAUUCAAGGUUUAACAAUAAAUAGUGUGAAUACCCUAUCGGAGGAAGCUUUCUUGAGUCUUGAACAGGCUCAGGCAGAUGACAUAGCACCGGAAUAUUUUGAAGAGUUAGAUGAAAAUAAUUAUGAUGAUGAUGACAAUUACUUGGAGGCUAUAUCUGAAGAAACAGAAUCUGAACCUAAUUGGGUAUCUCAAGUUCAGAUGCAAGAACUCAGAUCUUGUACUGUUAAUGGUGAUGAAAAUGAAGAAGGAAUGUUGCCACUUGUUGCUCAGAUCAAAAUUGAACCUAUGGAUGAAGAAUUAUCAUAUGAUGUUCAUCCGUUAAAUCAAGUAAAAAUAGAACCUAUACAUGCACCUAAUGAAAUGACAAUGAUACCUGAAGUAAAAAUAGAAUGUCUUGAUGACUUGAGUAAUGAUUCCAUUCCAAAAGUUAGCAAUAAGAGUUACGACGUAGAAGUGUUUGAAAAAUUUGUUUCUUCUAGCAAAAUUAUAUCUGGAUUAUGUGAUGUAAGUGAUGAUAUUUUCAGUCAAAGUGCAUUUAGAGAACACAGACGACAUGAACCUGAUUACGAAGAAGAUGACAUGAGCAUGAGUCUACUUGUACCGCAAACAUACGAACCAUUAACUAUAGAAACUGCUAAAGGAAGUUUAAUGCAGAGCAGCUCUGACGAAGAUGACAAUAAAAAUAAAAAGUUGGCUGGAAAGAAGAAAGCUGACAAAAAACAUAAGAGUAAACAGAAGAAACCUGAUCCGAAAGGUAACAAAGAAAUACCUACAGUUUCAACAAAAGAUCAAACCAGCACUAAUGAGGUUGCUUAUUUGACCAGAAGACUAAGAGAUAAAAUACAUCACGAAGAAAAAAAGGAUGAUUCACUGAAUUCCGAACUUGAAAAUACACCAGUACGGUUAAGAAAUAAGAAAGAACAGGAAAACACAAAACAAUCUCCGUGCAGUAAAGAGGAUGAGGUACAAUGCAACAUACCUAUAGUUUCAACGAAAGAUAAACCAGGCACCAACGAGGUUACUCAUACCACCAGACGACUAAGAGAUAAAAUAAAUCAUGAAGAAAAAGAGGGCGAUACAACGGACCCUGAACCUGAAGAUAUACCUGUACAGUCAAGAAAUAAAAAAGAACAAGAAAAGACUAAACUAUCUCAAUCCAGUAAAGAGGAUGAGAUACAAUGCAACAAUGUGGAUUCAACUGAUCAAGUUGCUGAAAAUGCUUCUAGUUUUAUUGGUUUUUCAGAUAUUGACCAGAAAGAAAUAUCCAUAAUUCAUAAUAAAUAUAUGAAAUUUGUGCAUGGUAAAAUUUUACCAGAAAAUCAAGCUGGCCAGUCAUCGAUGCCUGUGUUAGAUGAGCUCCUAAGUAAUAGAAAACGGUCUAAAAAGGACAAGAAUGUCGAUCGAGAAAAAUACCAAGCUAAAACAGCAGAAACAUCUGAGAAAGUAGCUACAGCAACAAGUAAACAAGAAGAAAGUCCUAAUUUUAUAGUUCGACAUGAUUGGCACUGCUACCCGGUGAAUGGUCAUGAUAAAAAACUGUACCUUGGUUCUUCUGUUAUUCUAGAAAAAUUGCCGGAGUCAUUCGUACAAACAUAUUUUGCUUAUCAAGACAUUGCAAGCAAGAGUAAAGAGGACGAAGAAAUAAACAGGUUGACCAACUUAAGUUCUUUAAACAGAACUAAUCAAAGCCAUAACCGUGGUAAAAAUAAAUUGAAAUCGAAGGAAAAUGAUGGGAAAAUGGAGCCAAAGGAGGCCGAGAAUGCGUUGGACGCUAGCAGCAGAUCACACAGUCCCACAUACUCAGACCAUCACGAGUUGGAACCUUCCGACGACGAAGGAACUAACAUUGAAUAUGAAACUGCACCACCUGUUGCGACAAGAAACACUGAGAAUACUCUAGCAAAGAAACUAUUAAUGAACGAAAAUGAGAGUGACUCGGAUGACAAUCACGGGAAAAUAAAGCAGGAGCCAGCAGAAGGAGAAGAAGAGACACAGGAAAAAGGUUAUAAAACUAGGAGCAGAGGUAACAAGAAAAAAGACGAGGUCACUGAUGAUAAAGAGGAAUUAAUGCUCACUGCUGAUAAGAUGAUGAAUAAAGAACUAAAGUUACUGCAUGCCCCUGUUGUAAUAUCGGAAGAUGUAAAUAGUACUCCAACUGAAGGAACUGUCACGAGAAAUAAACAGAAAAGCGCUGUAAAAUCUCUACCUGGUAGCAGUACUAAAACUAACAAUGAAGAGGAUUCCUCUUCUGAAGAGGAGAAGCAAUGGGUCUCGACGAAGGAAAAACUUCUCAAAAGAUUGGUCAAGAAAGACCAAACCAGCGUGGAUGAUGCUAAGCGAGCGAAGUUGGUGAGCGAAUUCAUUGAACGACGCGGCGGCCGUCCCAAUACACAAGUACGAAGGUCUAUUCGACCACGGCGAUCUGCCAAGAAGUUCUUGGAAAGAGAGAAGCAACUUGGAAUACUAUCGAGGGAGUUGUUCGGAGAAUCAACUGACGCGAUUAUGUCAAAACGAUCCCAAGUUAGUUUAUACAAGGGACGCCGUAAUAUUAGAAAGGUGAUCGACAAGAAAUCCUUAGCUCGUAGUACUGUGGUAGCUAACAUGGAAGAAUUCGAAAGGAAAAGAAGACUGAAUGCUAAACAAACCAAAUUGAGGGAGCUUCUAGGCUGUGAAGAGGGUGUGAACGUUCUAGUCAUUAAUGACGAGGUUUGUCUGGAGUACGACUUCGAAGAGAACAGACCCGUCGUUACCAUCCACCCAUUCUUCACGAAAGUUAUGAAGGCCCAUCAGUAUGAAGGUGUAAAGUUCAUGUGGGAUGCUUGCUUCGAGAGCUUGUCGGAGAUAGCGACGGGUAGGCCCGGCGGGGGCUGCAUUCUUGCUCACUGUAUGGGGCUAGGCAAGACACUGCAAGUCUUGGCACUACUACAUACGGUGUUAACUCAUCCUGGGGUGAAUAUGCAACGAGUUCUCGUGUGCUGCCCUCUGUCGACUGUACUCAAUUGGGUCGACGAGAUACACAAAUGGAUUGGACCUGUUACUAAUCAGAUAAAAGUGUUCGAGCUCUCGAAACUAAGGAAAACGUACGAACGAGCUUACCAACUGGAAGACUGGUACAAUGGUGGCGGUAUAUUCAUCAUAGGAUAUGAACUCUUUAGAAGUUUGACCACCCUCGACCCGUACCUUGAUGACGUAAGACCGACCAUAAUAAACAAAAUACGCACAGCCCUACUGGACCCAGGUCCAGAUAUUAUUGUUUGCGAUGAAGGACAUCUCCUCAAAAACGAUUGCUCGGUACUUACCGUCGCCAUGAGCAGGGUCGUCACAAGAAGAAGAAUUAUCCUCACUGGGACUCCGAUGCAGAAUAAUCUGAGAGAGUAUUACUGCAUGGUGAACUUCGUUAAGCCUAAUUUACUUGGAACUUAUGCAGAGUAUUCCAAUCGGUUCGAAAAUCCUAUAACGAACGGCCAGCACCGAGAUUCAAGUGAGGAAGACAUCAAGCUGAUGAAGGCUCGUACUCAUAUUCUGCAUAAAGUAUUAGAAGGCUGUCUUCAAAGGCAGGAGGCUUCAGUACUAUACCCGUACUUGCCAAAGAAACACGAGUACACAGUAUUUAUUAACCUAACGCAGUGCCAAUGGGAUUUGUACAAACACUACUUGAAUAACUACGCGAAGCAGUCCAAACAGAACAUUUUGAAAGACUUCCACAUACUACAGAAGAUAUGGUCGCAUCCUCAAGUGCUUCAUAACUUCCAAACUAAAGCCCGCGAUCGGGAGGAGAGGAACAAGUUAUUAAAAGAGAAGUUAGAAGAUGAUCUCGCGACGGAGGACGUUGAGGAUAUAAAGCCGAACUUGUCAGAAGACUUGUGGUGGCUGGAUUACCUGGACGGCGGCAACAUGCUCGAGACGCUCGACAGCUCCAACAAGUUCGUGGUCAUCUUCAGAUUGCUGGACGAAUGCAUAGCGCUUGGUGAUAAAGUGCUAAUAUUCUCUACAUCGCUAUUCUGUCUGGACGCUCUUGAGUACUUCCUAAAGAAGAUGAAGAACUGGUCGCUAGGCAACGAGUAUUUCAGACUGGACGGUUCCGUGCCAGCAGAGGUACGGCAGAAUUGGUGCCGGGAGUUCAACGCCGAUAUUAACAUUAAGACUAAGUUGUUCCUAGUAUCGACACGAGCCGGUUGCUUAGGUUUGAACAUGACAUCCGCCAACCGUGUGAUCAUCAUGGAUACCUCGUGGAACCCCGCGCAUGAUAUACAGAGCAUCUUCAGGGUCUAUCGCUUUGGACAGAAAAAGGAUUGCUAUAUAUACAGGCUGGUCGCUAUGGGUACAAUGGAACAAAAGAUAUACGAGCGCUCAGUUACCAAGCAGGCCGUUGCCUGCCGCGUCGUCGACGAGCAACAGAUCGACCGACACUACAACAGCACGGAACUCACCGAACUCUACACGUACGACGAGGCGGGCGCGUGCGUGGCGGGCGGCGUGGCGGCCGGCGUGCGCGACGUGGCGCUGCUGCGCGUGGCGCGCGACGCCGUCUGCGCCGUGCACGCCGUGCACGAGCACGACUCGCUGCUGCGCGGCGAGCACGAGCAGGCGCUGCCCGAGCACGAGCGCAACGCUGUCUGGAUGCAGUUCCAGCAGGAACAGGCGCACAAACAUAUGGAAGAUAAAGCAGUUACCAAAGGACCAAGAAUAUCACUAAAGCGCGUUACCAACGCAGAGACACAGAAACUGGCGACCGAGGUUAAGACCGAACCGAAAGAUGAGGACCCUACUCCCAAUGAACCUAAAGCUAAGAAAGGGAAGAAAUCCGUCGCCUUAGACACAAAGACCAAUAGUAAUAGCAAGAAAAGUUUAGCUAAACCAGGUACCAGCAAACAGUACGAGGAACAACCCUCCACCUCGUCUCUCGCGGACCAAAGUGCCGUCUCUGAAGAAAUCCUCGUCGACCAAAUCACAGACAUACUCCUCAAAUACAAUUUCCAGAAUCGAAAACGGAAACAUAUGGAUAUUACAAAUGUUGUAACGAGAGUAAGAAAUCUUGUAAAUAAAGGUUAUAUCGAGGGAAAAGACUGGAAUGAUGAUGACAUGACAGCUAAUAUAGCGAAGGUGUUGCUGAAUACGUCAGGCCCCAAGGUGAUCGAUAUUGUCUGCGAGUCUAUCAACAACUCCGUUGCCCCUGACGCAGUGCUGCAAGACGACGAAGCGACGAAAGAGGUAAAAAAUGAAACAAAUCCAAAUGAACGCACAAAAAGAAAAGCGGCUGUUGCAGCUGAAAUAUGUAUCGAUUCGCUAGCAGGUGACAUCAUAAACUUGGAUGACGAUGAAUGGACCGCUGAUACAGAAUUCAUUCCUGAUAAACCGGACAGCGGUAAACGCAAGAAGAAGUUACGGAAUACCUCAAUAAAUGCAUACAUUGAUGAAAAUACUAUGAGUGCUGACGAACAAUUUCUAUCAGAUACCAAUGAGCCUGUCUUUGAGUCAUUCAAGACAAAUGACAAAACUAAGUCGCCGGAACCAAAACCAAAAAGUGAUUCAAAAAAAGGUAUUAGCAUUAAAAAUCCGAAGAAGGUAACCAAUAUGAAUCGGCGAUCAAAAUCCAAAAAGCAAAUGGUAGAAACCGAACCGCAGCGGGCUGAAACCGAACCACAACAGGCUGAAACCGAAUCGCAACCAGCAAAAGUUCGAACGCCGCCGGCAGUAAUCAGAAAGCACGUGGGAGAAAUUAAACCCCGGCCAGCAGAGAGUAAACCUUGGCAAAUAAAAGUAAUACCACGGCCGUCAAGAUCUAAACAAUGGCCGGCUGAAACCAAUCUGCAACCGGCAGAAAAAAUUAUAAUGCUGACGGCAGCAACAGCAACGCAACCGGCACAAAUCAGAAUGCUGACGGUAGCAACAGCAUCGCAACCGGCAGAAAUUAAAACAUUGCCGGCAGAAACCAAAAUGCAACUGGCAGAAAAUGUAUCGCAACCAGCAAAAUUCCUAACACUGUCGGCAGAAACCAACUCCCAACCGGCAGAAAUGAGAUCGCAGCCGACAGAAACAGUACCGCAACCGGCAGCAAUCAGAACGUUGCCGUUAGAAACCAGAACACAGCUGGCGGAAACCAAGCCAAAACCGCCAGAUUUUAGAACACUGCCGACAGAAACCAUACCUCGGCCGGCAGAUAUUAAACCUCGGCCAACAGAAACUAAACCACAGCCACCCAAAGAGCCUAAGGAUCGCGUAACAGUUACAGAGCCAAUGGAGGACAGUAUUAUACUGAGUGACGAUGACGAUAUCCCAGUGGACACAUCAGCUGCUCAGGAAACAUUGCUUGAAGAGCCUUCAGAAGAUACGAGUACCCUCGAUCACGACAAUGUGCCUUUGCCGAUGUCGUUGUUGAAAAAUCAGAAUUUCAUAAACAUUGUUGCCCACACGUAUUUAGUGGGCAACCCCAUGUUGGACGAGGACGCGGCCACACUGGCUGCCCAGUACAGCACGCUGAAAGCUUUCAACGAAGCCGAGCAGACCGGGAAACUCGUGUACAGCGGACCUAUUUACGAUAUUGCCGUCAAGGUUAUUGGCAAGGAUGUAAUGAGAAAAAUGAGCAGUCUAAACCCUAAAGCUGCGUCUACUUCCGCUAGCUGUGCAGCUACCAGCUUACAAAUGAAGGACCAGAUGAUAACAACACAAAAAGCAUUCAAAGAAACUGCAAAUAAAUCAAAACACAAUAGUGCAUCACUCAGAGAGAAACUGAUCAAAGAAAAAUUAAAUGCUCAAACACAGCUGACCAAAUCAGAAGUUCAGCCACCGCCACCUAAGCCCAACGACCCUUGUAUUGUACCUGUUGGACUUAUUAGAACAACGGCGCGCGAGUCCCGUGUGGAGUGCAUCCUGCCCGACAACGACAACAUUAUCAUCAGCGACGUGCCCCCCGCCGCGCCGGGCCCCGCCCUGCCGUCACCCGUUGCAGCCGGAUCCAAGACGAUAAAUCACAACAAACCUAUUCUCUUAAACAAUAUAUUACGCAUGCAGGAAGCAAAUCCAGUCAACGUAAUUUCAGCAACUUCCCCAACAGGGAUCUCGACUAAUAUAAUUCUUAAACCUAUCCGUAAUUUAGCAUCAUCGAACAAAUCGUUGCUCAAUGAUAGCAACUCAACUCCAACGAAGCCUGCAACCCCCAGCAUCGUACCGGUGACGGUUACUGCCGGCCCCGCCCAAGCACUGCCGCCCAGUGUCGCCCAGGACACUAUCUGCCUGGACAGUGACGACGAGGACAGCCCCGCGCCCCCUCCGCCCCCCGGACCAGUACCAGUUUCUCUCACGAGCUCACUUGCCCCCGGGAUCAAACUGCCGUUACUAAAUAUGCCAAACCAUGUACUAGAAAAUUGCACUGCAGCACAGAAACUCAAGUUAGAACAGUUAGUCACAGGGCAGGUGACUCAGCCUAAAUUUGUUGUGAUACCCAACAAAACCAACCCAAACUUUCCCAAUGUUGAAAAACCUCCGAAACCGGUCCCCAUCGCACCCAAGCUUCCACAACCACACUCAAAUGAAACAUCGUCCACUUUAAAAGAAACCAUCCUUGAUUCUGUCAUUCAAACUAAAAAGUCUUUCAAAGCUGGUGAUGUUCUCAGACUAACUAAAAAUGGAAAAAUUGAACUUGUAAACAAUACAGAAGCGCCGAGCUCGCUACGUCGUUCCAACAAACCGCAAGUUGAAGUUUUGGAAAAUAUUAGCUAUGGGAUUGUAGACCUAACUGAACCACCUCCAAACGCUAGUUUCGAAGUUGCGAAAAAGAAAGUUCCGCCUAAAGUUAAUAAAAAGACAAGUGCGAAUAAAGUGGAAACCCGGGUAAAAACGAGGCAGACACGUAAAGCCAACAGUAAAGUCGUCCCACAUAGUAGUAGUACGAGUAGCACUGCAGUAGACCUCACUUCUGAAGACCCGCUGAACGUACUGAAGGAUAUAAUUCAUAUUAAAGCUGCAGACUAUCAGACCAAUGACAUCGCGGCUACGUCUGUCGUCCCGCGAGCGGACCAAAGUACAAGUUGGCACGGCCAGGGCGUCGGUGACACUAGUCCUGUACUAGCGCUGCCGCUGGAUGCCGCGGCCAGCAACUCGAAAAGUAUUCUCAAAUUAACAAAAAUACCGAAAGACCAAGUACCUAAGCAUAUAGACGAUGCUGUGCUAAAAGAGAUAAAGAAACAAGCUCUUCUUAAAAGAUUGAGUUCUACCAAUCAGUUCAACACGGAACAACCAACAUCAAUUAGUUCGACGACCCCCACUACUAAAAUUCCAUUAAACGAUAGCAAACUCAAAAGUUUACCAGCUGCGUCUGUAGAUCAUUCAACGAAUCUGAAAUCGAAGAUCGAUGGUGGUAUAAAGAGGCAAUCUACCAUGGAUACUACAACAGUUAAAAAGAAAAAAAGUGAACCAAUGACGCUAAAGGACUUCGAUUUGGACGACAUAGACGACAUUAUAGAAUUGGAUUAGCAUUUGCUUAUCAUUGUUUCGGAGUGACGAGGGCCCACAUUUACUAGUCCUCCUCAAUUUCGACACAAGGCCUGCAAUUCUAUAGUAUAAUAACUAUAAUAUUAUAAGUAUACCGGUUUUCCAUCAAUUUUUACUCACACGAAAUUAUGUGGUUUCGAAAAGAGUUUUGGUUAGUUUGUAUUAUAGCUAUUAUCGAGAGUGAUACUACAUUUAAUAUAAAAUCACGUUCUACUCAAAAAAGUAAAGCUCUACUGGUUUCUAGACUCAGAUACAGACACAAUAGGACUCUUUUAUAUCAGCAGAGACUACGAACUUGUAGAGCUUGUCUCAGUAAUUGACGUAGGUCGUUUUUUAUAAUAACUUUGGUAUGUUGGUUACCCCUUGGAUACAUGAGAUGUAUGUAAAUUACAAUUAAGAAGCAUGUCAUAAAAUUGAUGUAAAUACAAGCUUAUGAAGCUCUCCCUGACAAAAGGAUUUUGUUAACGACAAAUUAAAACACAUUUUUCGGACUUUCAAGAAGGGAUUAUGGCUGCUUGUCUUAAUAAUUUAAUUUGAUAUGUCGUAUAGCGACAUUCCAAAUUAAUUUCAAAAUUAAAAUGUCAUUGACAAGAAUACAAACUAAUGGAGUCUUUAUAUUGUUUGAUAACUAAAUUUAAUAUGUCAACGUUAUUUUCUGGCAGUAUAGUAUACUUAUUAAGUUUCUCGCAUUAUUCUGUUUUUAGCUUUUUAAUGUCUUUUAUUUAAAAAUGAAACAACAAUGUUAUCUUUUGUCUUCCGUCAAAAAUAAUUGUUAUUGGGAUCCCGAAUCGCAAAACUUGAGAAUAAUUGGCUUCUUACCUUAACCAAAUACUUAUCGUGUAUUUUUGUUAAGAAAAUCACAAUCUUUGUUAACAUCACAAUGUAACAAAUUUUCCUUUUCCUUGACUGUAAAAAUAGCAAUAAAUAGUUUAAGCUAUUGUAUUAUUACAAAAUACAUUAUGAAGAAAAAAGCGGCAUCGAGGAGCGUAUAUGAUUAUGUUUAUGGAAACAUUGAAAAAGUAAGAAAAGUAUUGUCUUGUUUUACUUUAGUUUUACAUAGUAUACUAACUAUAUUUUUAUAGCAUUACCAGUAGAAUAUAGUGAAACAGUGAAGUGCAACAGUAAAGUCUCAGAACUUGCAAACCAUAAAGUGAAUGACUUUAUUUCGAUACUUCUUGGACUUUAAGAAGUUAGGUACACCUAUGUGGCUAGAUCUAUGGUCUGAUUGUGAUAAAAUUUCUUUUUUCGUUAUAUUUGUGUAAUAAAGUUCUGUCCUAUUUGUUUGAUUAUAUCUAGUUUUCUAAUUAAGCAGAAUUUAAGUUAGAUAUAUUAUAAGUAAACUGUAUGAGGGCAUACUGAAUUGUGAGUAUCACGAUGUAUUGGCAAAAUAUAUGUGACUCAUAAUAUAAUUAUAUAAAGCACUGAAUAACUCAGUUCAGCUACGUCAUGUUCGUUUUUAUUUCACUAAUGUUUCCUGUUAAUUUAAAAAAUAUAAUUUUAUUUUAAAUUAAUUAUGUGCACUCGGUAAGUACUGCAAAACAAAUAUUAUAUUUUAUAAUCAACCUCCAUGGUCAAAUUGCGAUAUGUGGUGUUACAAAGUUUAUGUAGCCCGUUUUAUUUAGUUAUAAUCACAUAUUUUUUAUUUCCUCGCAAAGAAUUGCUAUUUUACGUUUUUUAUAAUUAGAUGUAAGCUUAGGAAUUAAGAAACGAAGACACAGUUUCUGUUAUCUGUAUUUUAAGAUGAAUGGAAAAUAAAAGCCAAAUAAUUAUCGCAACUGUAUAUUUUCUUACUCUUACAACAAAAUAUAUUAAACAUUUAUUUUUUAUAAUUUAGGUAGUUACCUUACACUAGGGCAUUAAAGCUUCUACAUAGAUAUAAUUCCAAAAAUAAAUUUCAAAAUAAACCAAUAACAUAAUGACUGACCAGUCGCAUAUCACUUUGAAACUUAAAAUUAUAUAAAUUAAUAAUUUUCUAUACACAUACAAGAUCUUGAAUCAACUUAAAACUAUAAUAAUUACGUUUUACAAUGUUUUACUUAACGUUUGUUCGAAAAAUAUCUAAUUAUAUGAAUAACUCUAAUAAGGUUGCAUUGGAUUUGUAUAAAUCGUUGCGUUGUACUAAAUAAAUUAAUUAUUUACUUGGUGAUAUUUUCAAUACGAGUAAUGAAUUUUUCAAGCACCAAAAUAAAACCUCAUUGGUAAGGUCAUAUAUAGGUCGCAUCAUCGCCUACUACCAGGCGAGAUAAAAAAAAACAUGCAAUCUUUAUAUACGUUAAAAACAUAUUUGUAAAUAAAGACCUUCAGGCACCGUGUGUAUUUCAGGUUGAUAGAAAUAAAACCUUCAUGCACGUGAUUACAAUACAAAUUGAAAUUACCACCAUACAUGAAAAUUAGUUUUCAUUGGGCUAAUCUAAACUAAAAUAAUUAUGAAAACGUCGAAGAGAUCUGACAUAUAAUCAUAAUAUCGGCUUUGAAUAGUUUGAAUUAAUUUCCCCCUUUCAGUUUUUACAAAAGGUAUACAUAAUACUUUAUAAAUACCAACUUUUUAUAAUAGGUCUUUACCUAUGAAAUUGCCGUUUUGCAUGAAAAAA